GAUUCUGACCAAUGUUGUGAUUUUGUGUUGAUACUUAUGUUUCUGUGAUAAAUUUGUUAGAAUGUCUCUUAAUAUAGAAAAUUUAUGUCGAAUAUGCAUGGAAUCGGGUCGUUUUCUGUUUUCACUGUUCGACUCUAGGAAAGCUGUAGAUCUGACGAAUACACUUGUCGCUAUAGCACAAAUAAAGGUCGAGCAAAACGAUGGAUUACCUCAAUCUAUUUGCAGUCAGUGCUUUGUAGCUCUAAAGUCGACGGAAAUCCUUAUUCGAAAGUGCAAACAUACUGACCAAUAUCUCAAGCAGCGUGUAGUAAGGAAAAAUCUGAUAAAUUUGAAGGGAAACAAUGAGAAAAGCUGCUCCAUUGGGUCUGGAAUGGAAGUGGGACUAAUAGAAGUUUUGGAAGAAGAAUAUGUUAAUCAGGAAGACAAUCUUGAAAAUGAUCGGCAGUCUCCUCUUAUCGAUGAAGAUGUAAAUGAAAAUGUAGUGUUUGAAUCUUUGAAUAACGAGGCGAACAUCGCGAAGGAUACUGUAAGAAUAGUUACAAACAUGAAUUCGUACAUAGACGAUCUUAUCAUUGUGGAUCCGCUUGCACAAGUCGAAGAAAAUCAGGAAGCUAAUUACACACAAUGCUGCGGUUGUAUAGAACAUUUCAAAACAUUAGAGGAUCUUGAAGAACAUUCGCGACUGUGUCAUAUUUCCGAUAAGGCUAUCUGUGGACCUGUACCUGAUAAUUUAAUUGAAUGUAUUAUUUGCUAUAAAAUAUUUUCCGGCAUUUCUUAUUUAGAUUCAAUUCAUAUGUUGAAUGCGUUUAAACAUCGGUUAGUUUCCAUUGGUUUUCCAAAAAUAGUGCAAUGUUGUUCGUGCGACGUUAUGCUUUCCGGAAAGCAAGAGCUUCUCGAACAUUCUCAGGAGCAUAUUUUGAAUAGAAAAGAUGAAGAUCCAUCUAGACCAUUUGAGUGCCAAUUUUGUUUUAAGCGUUACAGCGAUAAGCGUGCAAUGAAUUUUCAUCAGAAAUUUAGCUUUAGCUAUAAAAAGAAACUAGUUACUAGAAGACGCGGUUGCAGAGCAAUAAAAAAGCGAACUGAAAUCGAAAAUGGCACUGUAAGUAGAAAAUGUUGUGGAUGCUCUGCCGAAUUUCCUUCGUUAGACUCUCUCAAGCAGCACUCUCAGAUGCAUCACAAGCUUUACAGGCGUCAGGCGACUCGUGAUAGACCAUUUGAGUGUGAAAUAUGUUUCAAGCAGUUUCCCACCGUUGUGAGAUUGGAACAACAUCGACUUGUUCCAUAUACUCGUAAAUAUGCAUGUAAAGAAUGUGAGAAAUCAUUCCGCUCUUCAAAAUUAUUACAUAAUCAUAUCAGAUUGAAACACCUGAAUGAACAUGAAUUGCCCAAGAAAGAUUGCGAAAUUGCUAGUCACAAUUGGCAAUGUGAUGCAUGUGGACAACUGUUUAAAAACAAACACUACCUUCAAACCCAUAUGAAAUCUAUCCAUUCACAAGAUAAACCAUACACUUGCAGUCUGUGUUCCCUUCAAUUUAAAUGGAAACAUAUGCUACAAUUUCAUUUGAGGGUUCAUACUAAAGAGGAGCCUUAUGCGUGUCGAUUUUGCCAGCAGACUUUCGCUCAGCUAACGGACAAAGUGCGUCAUGAAGUUGGUCAUACAAAAAGAUACCCACUGAAGUGCGCAAUUUGCAGCAAAGGUUUCCUUGCAGGACGGAACAAAGAUUUGGAGAAGCAUCAAAGAUUACACUAAGCUGGAGAGGAAUUUUCCUCAAUGAUUUCCGAUUUGGUUCGUGUUUUUUGUCGUGAAAUAACUUGCAUUGAUACACUCGUACUCUCGAGCCUGUAUAUGUAUUUCAACCACGUAUUAAUUGAACAUUACGUAAGUAUUAUUACAUAAUGCAAAGUAUCUCUAGAAACGAUAGUACCAGCUAAGAAGAGGAAAAAGAAUACACCAGAAGGAAUCAUGUCACGAGCCGUGACCGAAAAAAAUAUCGCUAGAAAACAAUUGCAACAGAAACAACCGCUCAGAAAAAGUGUAAUGUCACAAGUAGACUAGAAAAUCAUAGGUGUAAAUGCCUCACAGAAUAAAGCGUAAAUUCUAUUAUAAAUUAUUUUUUUCGUUCUCGUUUUUCCAAAUUUUGUUUGGAGGUCAAUGUAAUGGAGAAGAAGUCCUCAUUUAACGCGAAGAAGGAAUCGAGGCGCCCCAAGUCGCCAAGAUCACGCGAUCCGAAUCGACCGCCGGCCCGCCGUCGGAAGCGGCGGUCUCUCGCACGCAAAUCUGUGUUCCACGGAUAGCCCAGUUAGCUUGAAACAUAAAAAACGAUCCUUUAGCAAAGGAACGGCAUACGUUUGCCUGGUGCAUUACGUUUGCCCGGUUGAUUUUUGUUUUGAAAUACAGGGCUGACUCGAAUAUAUACACUCUCCGAUUUUUUUUUUUCAUUGUAUGAAAAAAAAAUAUCUAGAAUUUCCCAGCAGGUGAUGGACGAUUAUAUUUGAUGAAAAAAAUACUUCUACGCAUAUGGUUGAAUUUCAACAAUUAAAGAGGUUUCCGUACAAGUACACUACAUAGGACGUUUCUGUUGUUUCCAUUUGAAAGAUGAGAAAAUAUAGUACAAGGUAUAGUUGUCAAAAAUCAAAAUAAGUGGAUCAAAAGAAACUUUUUGGAAGUGAAAAACUUAAGAUAGUGAUUUUGAAAGUGUUAUUAACAAUUUUAACCCAAACAUUCAUAAUAAGCAUAAUAAUAAUAAACUUGAAGUUCUUGCAGUUCUCAAACCGUUCUAUAAAUUGUUCUUUGACACCGAACUUCUGUCUUUCUUAAUUUCGCUGCAAUAUCGUUAUAGGCAAUUCAUGGUGAGCUCUAUCAAAAUCUGGAAAAAUCACGAUUUAUACUUCACUGUAUAUAUAAAACCCAAUAAAAUUUCACCUAACGUUGAAAUAUUAUAUUUUUCAUUGAAAUAAGUCAUAUUUAAAAUAUAUAUUUUUCUUCAUGCUGUAUAUAAUUGAGUCCUAAAUUGUAUAUAAUCGAAUCUUAUAUAAUCGUGUUCAUAUAUAAGAGAUUCCGACUUGUAUUAUGAUUGAUAUUUUACUAUGCCGUGUGGUUUCAACUAACUGUUAAAGGAUAUUCAAAUAAAAUAACCAAGUGUAAUUAAUUGUUUGCUUUAUUCAGAAAUCAUGGAAGUGGAUAUAGAAAGCUGGUAUUAUAAAAACAAUAACCAAAACUCCAA